CGGUUUUCCGGUGAAGACGUACAGAUCUGCUGCGUCGGAUCCUUUCUGUGGUUUUAUCAAACUCUCUGCUCGGUUUGUUCCCGGUUCUACUCGGUUCUACUCGGUUCUACUCGGUUCUACUCGGUUUUUUACCCGCCGCUGGUUGAAAACGGAGCCACUUUGGUUUUUAUCCACUUUAUUUUUUAAUUUUUAUUUUCGGGGCUUCUGGUCUCCGGUUGGAUUUACCGUAGGGCGUUCCUGAACCGGGACUCUGAGGAAUGACAGCAGCUGGAACCGGAUCCGCCUGAAUGGAAACGAUGGAUUAUAAGGAGCUGGAGCAACAUCUGGAGGAGAAACUGGAGCAACAUCUGGAGCAGAAGCUGAAGAUCUCAGACCAGACUCUGCCUCUGCAGUCGGACCCUCAGAAGUCUUUGGGGAAGGACCUCCUGACUCCGGAUGAUUCUGCCGUCUCAGAUCUUUCUCCUAAAACGGAAUCUAAAACCCAGACGCCCACCAAGACAGAUGCCUCCUCCAGGACCGACGUCCAGCCUCCCACCCCCGGCAGCAGCCCUCAGCCCAAGAAAGAUUCGAUGAGCUCAGAACAACGACAGAAACUGGCCAAGGAGCGGCGGGAGGAGAGAGCCAGAUACAUCGAACAGCAAACUCAGCUGCAAGCAGCGAAGAAGGCCCAGUGGCUGGAGAAGGAGGAAAAAGCCCGACGGCUGAGAGAGAACCAGCUGGAGGAACGAAGGAGGAAGCUGGAGGAGCAGAGGCUGAAGGCCGAGAAACGCCGAGUGCUGCUGGAGGAGAAACAGAGGCAGAAACUGGAGAAGAACAAGGAGAGAUACGAGGCAGCUAUCAAGAGGUCGACCAAGAAGACGUGGGCUGAGAUCCGGCAGCAGAGAUGGUCGUGGGCCGGAGGACUGAACCAGACUUCCCGCAGAGAAAGCAGAUGCUCGGCCUCCACGGUCAACUUGCCGAGACAGGUGGACCCUGUCAUUAACAACAGGCUGUCCAAGUCCUCGGCCACGCUCUGGAACUCCCCCAACAGAACCCGCAGUCUGCGCCUCAGCCCCUGGGAGAGUCGCAUCGUGGAGCGGCUCAUGACGCCGACGUUGUCCUUCCUGGCCCGGAGUCGCAGCGCCGCCACCCUCCUCAACAACAGCGACUCUCACUCUCACCACUGCUCCCGUUCAGCCUCCGCCAGCCCUCUGAACGCCUGCUCGCAUCACCACCCGCAUCAGAACGCCGCCGAGCGAUGGAGGGUUUCCUCGGCCAGCACGCCAGACAUCACCCAGCGGCAGCGCCGACGAAACUCCACACCGGUGGAUAAAAAGAAGAAAGAGAAGAAGGACAAGGAGAGGGAGAACGAGAAAGAGAAGAACGCUCUCACAAAGGAGAAAGUGCAGAAGAAAAGACAGACCGCUUCACCGACGGCCACCAUCCAGAGAUCCCGGCCAGAAACCAGCACCCCGAAGCCUAAAAACAGACCUCCGUCUCCGGCCGCCCCUAAAAGUCGUCCCCUGUCUCCGCUGGUUCCUGUUCCCUCCAAGACGCCGGCCGCCGGUAAGAAGACUCCGCCUCCUUCUGGCACCAAGACGCGACCCAAACGGGCCCAGACGCCAGCCAGGGUGCAGCCCCAGACGGUCGCCGCCGUCGCAGUGGAAACGGGCCACGAACCCCAGCAGCCAGACGAGGAGAAAAAGAACUCCAAUAAUGUUCCUGCCAUCGUGGUUUCCUCAGCACCGAUUUCACCUCCGUCUCUUAGCCCGCCGGUCGUAUCAGCAGCUUCUCCUGCAGCUCCUCCUGCUGCUCCGACUGUAGAUCCGACUGUAACUUCUCCUGCAGCAGCUCCUCCUGCAGCAGCUCCUCCUGCAGCAGCUCCUCCUGCAGCAGCUCCUCCUCCUCCUGCUGCUGCAGCUCCGACCAGCAGGCCGUCAGCCGGAACCAACGACCCGGAGGAAGCAGCUCGGGUCCUGGCAGAAAAACGCCGACAAGCCCGAGAGCAGCGAGAGCGAGAAGAACAGGAGAGACUGGAGCAGGAGCAGAGAAACAGGGUCCUGAGGGAGGAGGCGAUGGCUCGGGAGGCCGAGGAGAGGAAACGCCGCGAGGAGGAAGCUCGGUUCAUGGCCGAGCAGCAAAGACUCCGAGACGAAGCCCAGAGAGCUGAGGACGAGAAGGAGGUCGAGGAGAGAGCGAAGGCCGAGCAGGAGGAGGCUGACAGGCUGCAGAGACAGAGGGAGGAGGCUGAAGCUAAAGCCAGAGAGGAGGCCGAACGUCAGCGCAUCGACAGGGAGAAACACUUCCAGAAAGAAGAGCAGGAGAGACUGGAGAGGAAGAAGCGCCUGGAGGAGAUCAUGAAGAGGACUCGUAAGAGCGAUGCAGGAGAGAAGAAGGACAUCAAAGCUUCUCCUCAGGUCAACGGGAAAGACUCUGAGCUCAGUAAAGCUCCUGGAAACCCUCAGCUUCCUGCUGCAGGAGUUUCUGGCCUCGUCGUCAACGGCGUCCAGCCCAACUCGCACCAGAACGGCGUCUUGGCCAAUGGAGAGUCUGGAGACUUCGAGGAGAUCAUCCAGCUGAACAGCAGCAGCAGCUCUGGUCAGCAGCAGAUGGUCGGCGAACCCAUCCUGGCCUUCGAGGGAGGAGAACCUUUCCUGAGGAAGACGGGCCCUAUGAAGCCUCAGCAUGUCGCAGAGGUCCUGUGAGUCGCCUUCUGUCUCCGCUAUGAGAUUCCUCCUCCUCUAAACUUCGUGCCAAACAGCCAGAGUGGAGCUGAACUCUGAAACUCCUCUGAAACAUAAGAAAUAUUAAAACAUAAAGUAUUCUGUGUCUCACCGUGUUUUGGUGCACCUUAAAGUUCUAGAGAAACAGGAAGUAUCUGACAUGGUGUUGUUCUUCUGAUGUUGUUCUCGUUACUUCAUUUGGAUAAUGUGUGUUUUUGUGUGUUUUUGCUGUUUUUGUCUUGAAUUAUUGCGUUAUUUAACAUCUUCAGGCUGCAGACGGUGGAUGUAAAUGUAUAAGAGCCUCCUGCUGCAGGAGAUCUGUGAAAUAAAGCUUUAUGAAAGGGAA